GUGAUCAAUGUGACCAACGCCAAUGCAGCUGUGGAUUUGCGGGAGACGUCCGCCAAGAAUUGGUGGUUCUGCUACUGCGGAAACAAAGGGGGCAAGAAAGGAGAAAAAGGGUUCUACGACUUGCAGCGAUAUUGCGAGUAUGACUGUCCACGACAAUGCCCGGGCGGCUACGGAGGAUGCUGGUGGGAGCCGGAGAUCGAGAAAUCGUA